AUGGAACACGGUGUGGGGGUCACCGAGGGGUCGCCGGGGGGUCGCCGGUGGUCCGGACACCGGGACCGGGACGCCCUCAAGCUCCGGGGUCACGCACAACCGGGACCCUUCGAUCCCCGGGACCGGGCCGCCUACCUGGGUCAAGGUCGCGGCGGUCCCGUCCCGUCAGCGCCGCACCUGGGCAGGGCAGAGAGGCGUUGGAGGCGUUGGGCGCGGGGCCGGGACCCCCGGGACCCCGCGGGCCACAGCGGGGCCGGGCCUCUCCCCACGGCACUGCGGCCCGCUCGGACCCGUCCCCCCGCCGCCCCUCACCCCGACACCGCCCGGGCCGGUCCGGUCCCUCCGGCCCCGCGCGGCCAAGGGCGGGCGGCGGCCCGGGCAGCCCGGCACGGCGGCAGAAAGGCGGUUGGACCUGCCCCGAGGCCCGCCCCACUGCCCGCACCACCCGCUCCCGGUGUCCCCGCUGCCGGUGCCCCCAUUCCCGGUGUCCCGGCGCCCCCCGGCCCCUCCCGGUGCGCCCCAGCGCCGCCGCUCACCGCCCGCCCCCGCCACGGGCCCCGCGCUCCCGACGCCAUCUUCCCGCCGCGCCCGACGCACCGCGCGCGCCGGCCACGCCCACCGCGGCCCCGCGACACGCCCACACCGCCCGGUGGGCGGGGCCUGUCUGGGAAAGGCCGAGCGUUCAUUGGCUGCUCCGUGGGCGGGGCGGGGCUGGGCGGGGCCGGGCGGGGCCGGGGCGCGUGGGACCCGCGAGUCGGGGACAGGGACCGGCGGUACCGGGACACCCGGCACCGGUACCCUGCACCAGCACCCCUGCAGCGGGGCUUCCCCAGAACCGGGAACCCCUCUGAGCCGGUCACCGGGAACCGGGUACCCAGCUACGCCCGGCACCGAGAGCCCCAGUGCGGGCACCACCCUGCACUGGGCACUCCGCUGGCCCAGGCACCCCUGGAACUGGGCACCCCAGCACCGGGUAACCCUGUACCAGCAUCCUCUGAACCGGGUGACCCCUGCACACUGCACUUCCUGGAACUGAGCUCCUCGGGAUCGAGCACCCCGGCACCAGCACCCCGCAGAACCGUCUCCCGGGCACCCCGGCACCAGCACCCCGCAGAACCGUCUCCCGGGCACCCCAGAAACGCGCCCUACCCGGCCCUGGGCACCCUUGUGCCAGAUAACUUUGCACUGGGCACGGCUGUGCCAGCCUUAGAGCCACUGAAGUCGGGGCUGAGCGCGGGGCAGAGGGAUCCCAAAGGGGGAUGCAGUGACCCCAGGUCCCUCUGCAGCCCCAGCUGCACUGCCAUCCCCCGGAACUGGACCCUGGACCCCGCCGGGGACUGGCACUACAGAUGGAUCAGCCUCAUGGUGCUGCCCAUCCUUUACAACUGGGUCGUCCUCAUCCUCAGGUGCUGCUUCCCCGAGGUGCAGGAGGCACACACGGGGCUGUGGCAGGCCCUGGACGGGCUCAGCGACGCGCUGUACCUGCUGGACAUCGCCGUGCACUGCCACACAGGUUUCCUAGAGGACGGGAUCCUGGUGAGAGACAUCAGCCGGACGCGGCGGCGCUACCUGGGCUCCUGGACCUUCCCCUGGGACGUGAUGGCCGUGCUGCCCACCGAGCUGCUCUGCCUGCUGCCCGGGGUCCCGAGGGUCCCAGGGGUGCCAGCAGCGCGUGCCAACCGCUGCCUGCGGGUGCCACGGCUCUUCGAGGCCUUCGACCGGUGCGAGACGCGCACGGGAUGGCCCAACGUGUUCCGCAUGGCCAAGCUGAUGCUGUACCUGCUGCUGGGCAUCCACUGGCACGGCUGCCUCUACUUCGCACUGUCGGCACACCUGGGGCUGGGCGUCGACCCCUGGGUCUGCCCCAGCUCCGCCCGACCGCUGCGCCGCUACCUGCACAGCUUCUACUUCUCCACGCUGGUCCUGACCACAGUGGGUGACACCCCGACACCGCAGCGCGAGGAGGAGCUCCUCUUCCUCACCGCCGGCUUCCUCCUGGCCGUGCUGGGCUUCGCCACCAUCACCGGCAGCAUCAGCACCGUCAUCGUCAACCUCAGCUCAGCAUCCACCGCCUUCUACCCCGACGCGGGGCCGGUGCGGCGGUACCUGCGGGCGUGGGGCGUGGGCGGGCGGCUGGCGGGGCGCGUCGUGCGCUGGCACCAGCACCUGCGGGCGCAGCGCAAGCUGCCGGCCGAGUGGGAGGUGCUGCAGCACCUGCCGCGGGGGCUGCGGGCCGAGGUGGCCGCCAGCGUGCACCUGGAGGCCCUGCGGCGCGUCGGGCUGUUCCGCAGCUGGGAGCACGGCGUGCUGCGGCAGCUGGUGCUGCGCCUGCGACCGCAGGUCUUCGGGCCCGGCGAGUUCGUGUGCCGGCGCGGGGACGUGGGCCGCGAGAUGUACUUCAUCCGCGAGGGCCGCCUGGCCGUGGUGGCCGAGGACGGUGUCACGCAGCUGGCCGUGCUGGGUGAGGGGCUCUACUUCGGGGAGAUCAGCCUCAUCAACAUCAAGGGCAACACGGCAGGGAACCGGCGCACGGCCAACAUCCUGAGCAUCGGUUACUCGGACCUGUUCUGCCUGGGCAAGGAGGACCUGGCGGAGGUGCUGGCCGAGUUCCCCUGUGCCCGUGCUGCCAUGGAGGCCAAGGGCCGGGAGCUGCUGCUGCGCAUGGGGCAGCUCGACACCGGAGCUGAGGCGGCGGCGUUGGCGGCCGAGGCCGAGGCGCGGCGGCGGCUGCAGGGGCUGGAGGUGGCCCUGGAGGGGCUGCAGACACGGGCAGCCCGACUGCUGGCACAGCUGGAGGCCAGCGCCCUGCGCAUGGCCCUGCGCGUCCAGCGCCUCGAGGGGCGGCUGCGGCUGCGGCGGGACAGAGCGGUGCGGACGGACAGGGCAGCAGGAGCGGCCUCACCUGCCAGGGCACAGGGUCCCUCCAAGGCGCAGGCUGCCCCCAGGGCACAGGGUCCUUCCCAGGAACCAGGAUCUGCAGGAGGAUGGGGUCCCACUGGGGUGCAGGGUCCCUCCAGGGCACAGGGUCCUCACAGAACACAGAGUCCCCACAGAGCACAGGGUUCCAGCAACAGGCAGGGUCCUGCCAAAGCACACGAUACCUCGAUGGUGCAGGGUCCCCCCAGGGCACAGGGUCACCCUGGAGCACGAGGGACUCGUGGCAUGUAUGGCCCCAGGGGAGCACAUACCCUCAAGGCACAAGGUACCCCCAUGGUACAGGGUCCCCUCAGGGCACAGGGGCCCUUCAGGGCACAGAGGCAGACUGGGGUACGAGGUCCCGGUGGCACGUACGGCCCCAGCAGGGCACAGGCUCUCCUCAGGGCACAGGGUCCCUCUGUGUCACGGAGUUCGAGAGGGGCACACGAUCUCUCCGGGGCUCAGGGGCUCGGGGUCCCACGAGGGAGGGGGGUGCCGCGGGACUAGUUCCGCGGUGCUGAGGGGUAACCUGGAUGGGGACACAAUAGCGGCCACCGUUGUGGGGUGACACCGACAGCUGCUGCCGCUGCUGCGGGACGGGGACGGGGAAGGAGCCGCGAUGGGGACGGGGCAGGCGCAUGGCGUUUCGGAGCCGUGAGCAGCUCGGGACCCCCAGCCCCGCCGGGCCGUCCCGGGGCAGCCGGAGGGACGCGGUGACAGACCCCGCGGUGGCGGCAGUCACCGUC